AGUCUUUGGUCACACCACCAGGAAGUAAAAGGCACCUGACACAUCCAUGGCCAAAAGAUUCCAGCAGUACGAUUACAUGCCAUAGACUCUUAGCGAUUUGUUGUCCUGUAGGUUGAUAAUAUCAUCUCAAUGAAUUUCCCGCACACGUUUCAUUGAUAGACUUUUUGUUUAAAGUAGAGGUAGAAAUCGUGUAUUGCUCAAUGGCCAGUUCCUUUCCAAGUGUGUCCGAGCUUGUUGCGGAGGCUCGGCGUUUGUACGGUGACAUGUUCGGGGAAGAGGCUCCUCUGAUGGCGGUGUGCGCUCCUGGACGAGUCAACCUGAUCGGGGAGCACACUGACUACAACCAGGGAUUUGUACUUCCAAUGGCCUUGCCUCUGGUGACUGUGGUGGUGGGGAGUCAAACUUCUGGACAUGAUGUUACCGUGGUGACAGCAACUAAGGAUGCUGGUGAGCCUCGGAGGAUGGACUUCAGCCUGCCCACUGAUGGAUCACCGCUGUCCCCAGGGUUACCCAGCUGGGCAAACUACGUGAAGGGUGUUAUACAGCAUUACAGGGCUCCUCCCGUCCCGGGUUUCCGGGCAGUGAUAACCAGCAGUGUCCCCCUGGGAGGAGGUCUGUCCAGCUCUGCCUCCCUGGAGGUGGCUUUCUAUACAUUCCUGCAGCAACUUAAGCCAGAUGAUGGAGACAAGAUAUCCAAAGCAUUAGCUUGUCAGCAGGCAGAACACACUCACGCCGGUGUACCCUGUGGUAUUAUGGAUCAGUUUGUGUCUGUGCUCGGCAGGGAGGGCCAUGCUUUGCUCCUUGACUGCAGGUCCCUGGAGGCCACCCCUGUACCUCUGACAGAUCCAGGCCUGGUCAUUCUCAUCACCAACUCCAAUGUGAAACAUUCUCUGACCGGCAGCGAGUAUCCCACGAGACGCAGACAGUGUGAAGAGGCUGCCUCCAUCCUGGGAAAGGAAAGUCUCAGAGAUGCAACUAUGAAGGACCUGGAGGAGAUGAAGGAUAGACUGGAUGACGUAACCUAUCGAAGAGCUCGUCAUGUGAUUGAGGAGAUAGAAAGAACUGUCCGUGCUGCUGAAGCCCUGAAGAGAGGAGCCUACAAAGAGUUUGGAAAGCUUAUGGUGGAGAGCCACAGCUCACUUAGAGACCUGUACGAGGUGAGCUGCAGGGAGCUGGAUGAGCUGGUGUCUGCAGCCAUGGAGGUGGAGGGGGUGUUUGGUAGCCGAAUGACAGGUGGAGGCUUCGGGGGAUGCACUGUGACUCUGCUGCAGGCCCACGCCAUUGACAGGACUAUACUGCACAUUCAGGAGCGAUACAGUGGAACCCCAACUUUUUAUGUGACAACUCCUUCAGAGGGAGCGCGGGCUCUCAGUCUGUCCUGACCUCAGUCAGCACAUCUCUGCCAUAUGAGCAUGUUACAUUUAUUCCUCUUUACAGGCUUUACUACUUGGUUAUGUUUCUGUUUUUGUCAGAAAAAUAAAAUUUUAUGUUACAGACUGUAGCAGAUUUAAAAAAAUCAUUUAGCUAAUGUAGGGAAAAGUGCCUUCACAAUAAAACUGUUUUCUGAUAACAUUUUAACCCAGUGCUUGUCUAGAUAACUUGUGGCAACCGUAUAUCUGAUCAUAUACAGCCUAAAUUUUUAUUACUUCCAUGGAAUAAAACAUGUGAAACUGU